UUCCCUGCGCGCUGCUCCGCCCUGCGCUCCGGGCUCCGACGCCCCGCAAGUCUCCGGGCGGUUUUGCUCGGGGCGGGGUCUCAGCCCCUUUCCUUUCUCCAUCAUAUCUCGACGCGUCCUCUGCUUUUGGAAACUGAGUUUCGCUGGCCAGUUGGCGGAGAACAAGUUGAAAUCAUCGCAGAAGGAUAAAGUUCGUCAGUUUAUGAUCUUCACACAAUCUAGUGAAAAAACAGCAGUAAGUUGUCUGUCUCAAAAUGACUGGAAGUUAGAUGUUGCAACAGACAAUUUUUUCCAAAAUCCUGAACUUUAUAUACGAGAGAGUGUAAAAGGAUCAUUGGACAGGAAGAAGUUAGAACAACUGUACAAUAGAUACAAAGAUCCUCAAGAUGAAAAUAAAAUUGGAAUAGAUGGUAUACAGCAGUUCUGUGAUGACCUGGCCCUCGACCCAGCCAGCAUUAAUGUGUUGAUCAUUGCGUGGAAGUUCAGAGCAGCAACGCAGUGCGAGUUCUCCAAACAGGAGUUCAUGGAGGGCAUGACAGAACUAGGAUGUGACAGCAUAGAAAAACUAAAGGCCCAGAUACCCAAGAUGGAACAAGAAUUGAAAGAACCAGGACGAUUUAAGGAUUUUUACCAGUUUACUUUUAAUUUUGCAAAGAAUCCAGGACAAAAAGGAUUAGAUCUAGAAAUGGCCAUUGCCUACUGGAAUUUAGUGCUUAAUGGAAGAUUUAAAUUCUUAGACUUAUGGAAUAAAUUUUUGUUGGAACAUCAUAAACGAUCAAUACCAAAAGAUACUUGGAAUCUUCUUUUAGACUUCAGUACAAUGAUUGCAGAUGACAUGUCUAAUUAUGACGAGGAAGGAGCAUGGCCUGUUCUUAUUGAUGACUUUGUGGAAUUUGCACGCCCUCAAAUUGCUGGGACAAAAAGUACAACAGUGUAGCACUAAAGGAACUUUCUAGAAUGUACAUAGUCUGUACAAUAAAUACAACGGAAAAUUGCACAGUCAAUUUCUGCUGGCUGGACUGAACUGAAGAUCAAUCCUCGCAAUUCAGACUGAGGGUUGAGACAAAACUUUAAGGAUACAUCUUGGACCAUAUCGUAUUUCAUUCUCCUAAUGGUGGUUUGGGCUUGUCUUCUAGUCUGGGCCGCUCUAAACAUUCAUAAUUCCAACAUUGUGGAUUUCAUCUUAUAUCUGUGGACCAUCCUAGUUUAUUCUCCCAUAAGACUUAGAAGCUUUAUGGUGAUUAUUUUGAGGUUUCCAUUCUUGCAUAAAGCACAAUGCUGUCUUCAUCAGAAAACAGUUUGGCAUAAGAAUUAAAAACAUGAACAUCACAAACAAUUUAUAAAAACUUCUUAAAUAUAUGCUUUGGGCUAGUUGCAAAGACUAUGCUGAUAGCACUUCCAAUGAGAGUGAUAUAUUUAAGUGUACUGGAUCUGGAAUGGUGUUUUCGUUUGCGGGAUUUUUUUUUUUUUCCUGGCAAAUCACAUGUAUUGUUGAUGUGAGUAGAGAAUCUGAUGAAAAAAAUGUCAAAAUAACCAACGUGAACAAUUUUUAGGAUAACUUCGUGUGCCUACCUGAAAAAUUUAUUGUGUUUCAGACCCUCGAUUUUAAAAGAUUCCACAGAACUAGUCUGCACUUAUCUUACCCAUGUUUAUAUAUAGUUGUCCUACAGGGAGCUUUUAUUUAGAAAAUAUCUGCAUAAUGUUAGAUUCUACUCCUGUCUACAUUAUGCACUACAUAAUUGGAUUUCAUUAUGAUUUUGAAAUGCUUAUAUGCCUGUCAAAUAAGUUAAACUAUUUAAUUUGUUUUGAAUGUUUCAGAUUGCUACACAAUACAAUAUUCUAAAUUUAGGCAUGAGGGUUUAUUUUUUGUUUUUGUUUUUGUCAGCACACUAUGGAACACAAAUGAAAUUCUCUUAAUUUAUAAGAUGAUAAUAGGAAUUAAAUUUUGAAAAUGGUCGUGAUGAGCCAUGAAGUUCAAUCCUUAUAGGUACUGCUCUUUCAUACAAAUAGUCCAUUUUUGAUGACUUGUUAUUUUGUUGAAAUUGCUUUAACUGCUAAUCACUGUGGUUGCCAAAUACUUACUUGAAGAGCAAAGGUUUUCAAGCAAGCAUGCACUUGAUGCAAAAUAUCAAUCCGGCUUCUAUUUUCAUAAAUUAUAUAGUCUCUACUGUUUGUUUCAUCAAAUUAGCUCAGUUUUCACAUCAAAGCAGAAUUUUAUCUUGUAUGUAUGAUUUUCAUUAGAAGACCUAUGAACUGCUUUUGUGCUGAAAACGCCAAUUUCCCUGUUCACUUCCUGACAUGUGAAGAAGGGUUUAUUGCUUUUUAAAAUAUUUCUGUAAGGCAGGUUAAAAAAAUGUAAAACUUCAACUAUUACAUGCCUAUGCUCUUUAGCAGGAAUAGAUUUUGCUUGGUAAUUCCAGGCACUCUCUAAGGUCUAAUGUUGAAAUUAUCAAAGGAAUGUACUUCACAUUAGCAGUACAUUUUAUGUAGAUGUGGAAAUGAUUUUAAGAACAAUGACAUAUUAAAACUACUUUUUAUUUACAUGAUUUUGAAAUUGACUAGAAAGCUUUUCCCAUGGAUAUUAUAUUAAUAUUCCAAUCAUAACUUUAAUUCAAGAAUACAAUUCUGCCAAAAGAAAAUUUUGAAAAUUUCUAUUCAGGUUACUGGCAUUGGUUAUUUUUAAAAAAAAAAAAAGGAAGAAAAAAGAAGAAUCCUGCUGCUUUCAAGUAUUUCCUGAUUUCAUAUGUGUAAAUAUAAAAAGGAACUUCAAUUAUGAAAAAUUUAAAAAGAUAUAUAUGUACUAUUUUGUUUCCUGUCUUGAAGAUUUUGAGUUAUGAUAUUGUUUUUAGAUUGACUAAUUAAUUCAAAUAUGCUGUGAUUUGAAUGAGAUCCCAUUAGCUUUUCUUUCCAAUAUAAAUUGUUUUUCAUAAAGUCUGAUAUUGGUUCAUGGCCUAGUGCCUUGGGUUUUACAGACUUUUUCUUUUAAAUGCAAGACCUUUUCAACAAAAUAGUAUUUGUCAUCAGUGUGGUACUAGACAUUUAUAAUUACUGUGUAAUUAUAAACAAAAAAAUACAUAAAUCUUUGAAUAUAAUUAUGUAGCAUAAAAGGUAAGGUUGUUCACUCUAUGAUGGCAUCUUAGAAUUAAACAAUACUAUUACUAGGGCUGGAAAGAAGACUGAUUUAAUGUGCUAUGAUUAUUCUGAGGAUAAAUGUCUGGUUACAGGGAAUAUUUUGUACUAAAAAUGCUUAUACAUAUGAGUGAGUGUGUGUGUGUGUGUGUAUGUGUGCGCGCGCGCAUGCGUGUGUGUGUGAGAGAGAGAGAGAGAGAGGGAGAGAGAGAGAGAGGGAGAGAGAGAGAGGUUGAAGGAGACACCCACCCACCCACAGCUUGAAUCGUUUCAGUCUUCAUUCUGGUAAACUCCCCAUGUUGAUUCUUUGUUUUAAACUGAACCACAGGUACAGUUUCCUUUUUGCCAAAUGUCAAAACAGGUACACAUUUUAAAAUGUAAUGCUUUUUAAAUAGUGUAUAAAAUUAGAAGUGCCCACACAUAAAAAUACUUGAGAUCAAGAUUAUCUUUAGUGAUUAUCACCUGCGUAUCUCUGUAAGUUCAAUUGUGUUUCUUACAAUCCCUGUCAUAUUACCAACAGAGGCAAUAAAAGCUUCAGUGAAAUUGCCAUGACUAAAUCUUUUCACAUAUUAUUUCAGUGUAAUAUUUUUAAAGACUAAAAAAUAUACCUGAAAACUUUUCCAGGAAGAAUAAUUAUUCGUGGAAAGAGCAUUGUAAUGGCAAGUUUUAGGGAGAAAAGACAUGCCAACUCUUGUUUACUACAUUUAAAAUGUUUACAACUCUACUGGGCUGCUUUAUUUAAUUAACAGUACUGUAGUUGUGUAAUAUGGCAUUGUAAGUAUGUGUUCUUCAUUAGACUUUUAAAAAGUUUUAAUGAGAGAAAGUAAACUUAAUAAAAUAACGGGAAAUCUUUUAUAUAAUAUCCUUACUGGGGAAUUCUUAUUUAAGCAAGGUAUACUAUUUUUUUCCUCAGAAAGAUUUAAGUGAAUGAAGUGUUCAUCUAUUUUUUAUUUGAUGAUAAGUUUGAGUAGUUGUAGCUAGUUUUAACGUGCACUUUGCUUAGAUUUUUUAAAACAUGUUAUUAAGACUAUGUUUUGUAAACCUUCUGUAACUUUUACGUAUUGAAUGACAGAAGAAAGUUGAACCUAAUGAAAGAAUUUUGGAAUGAAAAAGGAAAGCGGUGCUGGGGAAAUUUAUUAUAGUUCACAAAGUAUGCCUUUGUAAACCUGGAUCAACUUCUAGCAAGAAUUAAUUUAUGUAGUUCUAAAUGUUAAAUUGUGUAUAUUUAAUAGAAAAUACUUAUUUGGCACCUCAGCAGUUUUCUUUAAAUGUUACUUUAUACUUUUAACAAUAUGAUUUAUAUUGACUACAUAGAUGUUUUGAUAAGAUUUUAUCAAAUUUGAUAAUGUAAUGAUAAAAUGUUUUUAAAAUGUGAACUAUUUAACAUAUAUCUUAAUAACUGAGGACACAAUACAUGCAUUGUGAUUUCUACAUAAUGUGAUAAUUAGGAUUCAAAUUAUGGCUCAUCAUUUAAUUAUAAACGAGUAUAUUCUGAACUCUUUACUUGCCUCCAUUUUUACAAUCAUAUAGCAAUAAUUUCUAUAUUUAUAGAAAUGUGGUGAAGUUAUAUAUCACGAUACCUUUGCCUUUGAUUUCUGAGGGGAAGGGGUUUAUAUUUUACAGUUAUGAUAAAUUUGAAAAUUCCUAAUAGUACACAUCCCCUUUUCCAGGUUUAUCCUACUUGUUGCCAUUUUAGUUGAAUUCUUGGCUUGAUUUGUAUCUGAUUCUGGAGGCAGUGCUGUUUUUUUAAACUCCUAAUACAGUUACAUAAAUGGUUUUA